AUGGCGUUGAUCAAGACAAUUUCGGAAAUCCCAACCAUCACUCAGCUCUACCAAAACAUGGUCCUUAGAGAGACUGCCUAUGCUUCCUCACGGUCCUUUCUUCCCUCCGUCUCCAUCAACGCACGCGUCAGCCUCGCUCGUGGCGACAUCACAAAAUUCGAGCUUGAUGCUGUCGUGAACGCUGCGAAUUCCGCCUUGCGCGGUGGAGGUGGUGUAGAUGGAGCUAUUCAUCGUGCUGCUGGGCCAGAGCUGUUGUCCGAAUGCCGCAGCCUUGGGGGAUGCCCCACUGGUGAUGCAGUCCUUACCGCUGGAUAUCAAUUGCCAGCUAAAUACGUUAUUCAUACUGUUGGUCCUAUUUACGAUGAGGAACAUGCUCAGCAAAGCGCAAAGCUAUUAAAGAGUUGUUACGAGAAGAGUUUACAGGUAGCUGUCGCAAACGGGAUCAAAACAAUGGCGUUCAGUUGUAUCAGCACUGGUGUUUACGGGUAUCCGAGCAAAGAGGCCGCGGAGAUCGCCUGCAAAACCGUCAGAAACUUUUUAGAGAGCAACGAAGAUGCUUUAGAACGAGUGGUUUUUGUUACGUUUGAGAGAAAAGACAUGGCGGCAUACACGGAAACACUCCCAAUGUACUUUCCCCCCGCGGAACAGUAA